AUGCUGCCCCGGAUGAGCUCUCUUCCUGAUCUGUGCCAUGAAGUCAAUUGUGAGAAAGGAUAUGUUUGCCGAGCUAUUCACAAUCAGGCAGAGUGUUUUCCAGAACCCCAAUCCUGCAAUUCUGUCCAAUGCCAAGAAGGGACCCUCUGUGCAAUAGUCGAUGGCUUUCCCAGAUGUGUUCCUUACCCGCCCUCUUGCCAUCAGGUCCAAUGUAAAGAAGGGACAAUUUGUAGCCUGACAGAUGGCUUCCCCAAAUGCGUUCCUGUGCCGCAAUCCUGUGCCUCCGUUCAGUGCAAAGAAGGCACCAUCUGUGCCAUUAUUAACAGUUGGCCUCAGUGCAUUACAAGGCCUGCGUCCUGCCAAAACAUCCCAUGCAACCCAGGAAUGGUGUGUGAACUCAUUAAUGGCUGGCCGCAGUGUGUGCCUCACCCGCCUUCCUGUCACAGCGUCCAUUGCAAAGAUGGGACCGAGUGUCAGAUCGUUCACGGCCAGGCUCAGUGCGUUCCAACCUCUGCCUCGUGCAGUGAGAUCCUGUGUGAGAAAGGAACCAUGUGUGAGAUGGUCCAUGGCCGAGCCAAGUGCGUCCGAUUGCCACCAUCCUGCCUCCAUAUUGAAUGCAGACAAGGGACCAUGUGUGAUAUGGUUGAUGGGUGGCCAAAAUGCGUCCCAAGUCCAACUUGCAAAGAUUUAAAUUGCGAAGCUGGUACCGAAUGCAAGAUGGUGAAUCACCUGCCCAGAUGCUUGCCUGUUCCACUCUCCUGUGACCAAAUUCACUGCAGGCCUGGGUCUGUAUGUCAGCUGGCAGAUGGUCAGCCCUUAUGUGUGCCCAUCUCACCCUCUUGCAACAGGAUCCAUUGUGAGGAAGGAACAAUCUGUGAGAUCCUUGACGGUGUCCCCAGAUGUGUGCCUGCCGUCACCUCCUGUAACAACGUACAGUGCCCGACGGGAACCAUCUGUGAAAUGAUCAACAAUUGGCCCACCUGUAGGCCUCGCCCACACUCCUGUGAGAGCAUUGUGUGCAAGAAUGGAACGGUCUGUGACAUCGCCGAUGGUUGGCCAACUUGUAUUCCAGUUGUGCCAACAACUUGUGCGGCCAUUGUUUGCAGAGAGCAAGCUGUGUGUGAAAUGGUGAAUGGUGUACCAACCUGCACACCCAUCCCACUGUCUUGUGACAGAUAUAAGUGCAGACAGGGAACUAUUUGUGAAGUUGUCCGUGGAUGGCCCAUGUGCAUACCUUUGGCAUCUUCAUGUGAGAAAAUAGAGUGUGCACAGGGCUCUGUUUGUAACAUAAUUGAUGGCUGGCCUAAAUGUGUCACUGCCCCACCCACUUGUGACCAACUUCAAUGUAAAGUAGGAACCAUCUGUGAAAAAGUAAAUGGCCAGCCUGCGUGUGUUCCACUCCCUCCCUCUUGUGAUCAUGUCUAUUGCCAAGAAGGGACAGUUUGUGAAAUCAUGGAAGGAUGGCCGAGAUGUGUUCCAAUUCCCGCAUCCUGUGACAAAAUCAACUGCAGACCAGGGACCACUUGCAAAAUAAUUGAUCACUGGCCUCAGUGUGUCCCCAUCCCACCUACCUGUGACAAACUACGCUGCAAAGAUGGCAGCAUUUGUGAAAUUGUUGAUGAUUGGCCCAUGUGCAUGCCCACUCCAGCUUCCUGUGAUAAAAUCGAGUGCAAAGAAGGAACUAUUUGUGAAAUGGUUGAUGAUUGGCCCAGAUGUAGCCAAAUCUUGAACUCUUGUGAAAAAGUCCACUGCCAGGCAGGGACCAAAUGUGAAAUAUAUGAUGGGUUUCCAAAAUGCAUUUCUGUAUCUCUUUCCUGCAACAAUUACCGUUGCAAAGAAGGGUUUGUUUGUCAGAUCGAUAAUGGUUGGCCAAAAUGUGUUCCUGAUCUUUCUCCUUGUGAAAAACUCAACUGCAGUGCAGGAAUGAUAUGUGAGACACUUCACGGGCAGCCCAGAUGUGUCCCCAUCACCACCUCCUGUGCUAAUGUCAUCUGCCAGGAAGGAACCAUUUGUGAAAUCAACCAUGGUUGGCCUAAAUGUGUUCCCAUCUCUUGUGCAAACUUCAAAUGCAGAGAAGGGACUGUGUGUGAACUAUAUGAUGGGCAUCCGAAAUGUCUCCCCAUCUCACCUUCUUGUAACCAUUUUCAGUGCAGCUCUGGAACAGUUUGUGUAAUCAGCCAUGGUUGGCCCAAAUGUGUUCCUAUCUCAAUCUCUUGUGAGAACUUCAAAUGCAGUGAAGGAACUGUGUGCGAGAUAUAUGAAGGACAGCCAAAAUGCCUUCCUAGAUCCCCCUCUUGUCAUCAAUUCCAUUGUAAGAGUGGAACGGUGUGUCAAAUAAACAAUGGCUGGCCACAGUGUGUUCCGAUUUCCCCUUCUUGUGGAAAUGCCAGUUGCAGCAUUGGGACCACAUGCCAAAUGGUUUCUGGCUUGCCCCAGUGUGUUCCUACAUUGCUGUCAUGUGAUCAAUUCACCUGCCAUGAAGGAAGUGUUUGUAAAAUGGUUGAUAACUGGCCAAGAUGCCUUCCUAUCCCAUCCUCAUGUGAUAGGUCAAACUGCCAGGAAGGUACCAUUUGUGAGAUUGUUAAUGGAUUUCCAACUUGCAUCCCAAUUCCAUCGACGCUGUGUGCUUCUAUGCAUUGUCAAGCAGGAACUGUGUGUCAACUCAUUGGUGGAAGCCCACAGUGCGUGCCCAGCACACCUUCCUGUAGCCAGUUUCAGUGUCCUGCUGGGACUAUCUGUGACAUGGCCAGUGGAUGGCCCAAAUGCAUUCCUGUACCAACCUCCUGUGAAAACACCCAUUGUCAAAGUGGGACUAUUUGUCAAGUUAUAAAUGGUUGGCCCAAAUGUGUGGCCCCUGCACAUUCAUGCCAGACAACUCAAUGCUGGGAAGGGACUAUUUGUAGAAUGGUGGAAGGUUCACCUAGAUGUUUUCCUGCUGUAUCUUCUCAUGCAACGUGUUGGGCCUCUGGUCAGCCCCAUUAUCACACGUUUGAUGGACGCAGCUUUGAUUUCCAAGGUAGCUGCACUUAUACGGUGGUUAAGACCUGCAGAACCAGCUCCAAGCUGCCAUUCUUCCAUAUCUUCACCAAGAGUCAGAAGAAUUCCCCUUUCUCUUUCAUCAAUCAUGUCACCAUCACCAUCUACAACUCCAGCAUCACCAUGAUCAAGCACGAGUAUGGCCUUGUCAGAAUCAACCAGGUACGCUCUCGUCUGCCUGUAAGUUUAUACAAUGGGGUGGUCUCCAUAUACCAUCGAGGAAGCCAACUAGUUAUUGAAACACAGUUUGGCCUGAAGGCUUACUAUGACUGGAACUAUUACCUAGUGGUGAAGGUCACUGCAGCUUUUCAGAGUCAGAUUUGUGGCCUUUGUGGCAACUAUAACGGAGAUCCCAAUGAUGACUUUGCUACCCCUUCGGGAAGCUUGGCCGCCAACGCUGUGGAAUUGGGCAAGAGCUGGAAAGUAGAAGAUGGAGAUCUGGCUUGCAGACACGGCUGCCAUGACAGAUGCCUGCGGUGUUCUGAAGAGUUAGCAGCCAGAUACAACACAGAAAGUUUGUGUGGCAUGAUUGUUCAACACAGGAGUGGUCCUUUCCAUCGCUGCCAUUCCUUGAUUGAUCCCAAGCCAUAUUUGAAUGACUGCGUAAUUGAUUUAUGUGCCUUUGAGGGCUACAAGCAGAUUUUGUGUCGAGCCCUGAAGACUUAUGCUGAUGCUUGUCAGAGAGAAGGGAUGGCAAUAUCUGCCUGGAGGAAGCACGCUGGCUGCCCCUUGAUCUGUCCUAACCACAGCCAGCACAUGGCCUGUGGCACAGCCUGCCCUGCCACUUGUAGCAACCCUGAUGCGCCAAAGAAAUGCCACCUGCCCUGCAUGGAGAUCUGUCAGUGCAAGCCAGGUUAUGUGCUUGAUGGUGGCAAAUGCAUUCCCAAAGAGCAAUGUGGCUGCAUCUAUCACGGCCAGAUCUAUGCUCCCAACGAGCAGUUCUGGGGUGAUCAGCAGUGUCAUCAGCAGUGUGUAUGCAACCCCCGAGACAGGAAGGUGGUCUGCCACGGCUCCACUUGCAGGGAAGGAGAAGGGUGCCAUGUGAUUAAUGGCGUAAGAAAGUGUCAUCCAACUUUCUAUGGGACCUGCACUACCUUGGGUCAGCUGCAUUAUAUCACCUUUGAUGGACUGCAGUUUGACUUCCAUGGAACUUGCAUUUAUCGUUUGGCUGAGCUCUGCUACAAGACGCCAAACCUCACUCAAUUCCAAAUCCUGGUUCAGCACCAAGGACAGGGAUCUGAAACUCCAGCUGCUACCAAAGUACUUGAGGUCCACGUUUACGGGAUGGCAAUCCUUAUCAGCCAUAGCAAAGUCUUGCUGAACGGCUUAAUGAUCAACCUCCCUUACAAUGUUGACUAUAACAAAAUUUCCCUCUACCGCCUGGGAUGGGACAUUGAGAUCAUGACCGAUUUUGGUUUAAUGGUCACCUUUGACAUGAAGAAUAAUAUUCGUAUCUCAGUGCCAGGAAGCUACAGGGGAAGAACGUGCGGUCUCUGUGGCAAUUUCAAUGGGAAAGUAGAAGAUGACAUGAUGCAACAAAGUGGAAUGCCAACAACAGAUCCCGGAGAGCUGGGCAGAAGCUGGAAGAUCCGGGAUAUCCCAGGAUGCCAUGAGAAGGAAAGAGAGUCCUGUGUGGACAUGGUGCAUUUGGAGUACACGCAGAGAAUGAGUAAGGAGUGUGGUCUCCUACUAGACGUACAUGGCCCAUUCAAGAGCUGCCAUAGCAAGGCGCCGCCUCACUCAUACUUCCAAAACUGUGUCUUUGAUUACUGUUCCAAUAAGGGCAACAAGAAUGUCAUCUGUCACAUUAUCUCCUCCUACGCUGCAGCUUGCCAAACAUUAGGGAUCGAGAUUUCCGAGUGGAGGUCCGUCCGCUUUUGCAAACCUGACUGCCCCCCAAAUAGUCAUUAUAAAGUCUGUGCCAGCCACUGCCCUGUGACCUGUCACAGCCUCUUUAAUCCAGUCCUCUGCACUGCUAAUUGUCGAGAGGGAUGUGAAUGCAACCAAGGCUUUGUUCUGAGCGGAGACCAGUGUGUCCCCAUCUCACAAUGUGGCUGUGUCCACCAAGGUCUCUACUACAAGGCAGGUGAGUCUUUCUUUGUCAAUGGAUUUUGCAAGGAGCGAUGCACUUGCCACGUCGGUGGUAUCAUGGAGUGCCACCGUUCCUCCUGUGGACCCCAUGAGGAGUGCCGUGUGGUGGAAGGUAUCCAGAAGUGCCAUUCAGAUGCUCCCAAGAAGAGUGGGACCUGUCAUGUAGCUGGAGACCCCCACUUCAUCACCUUUGAUGGCUCCACCUUUGACCUUCAGAGCAACUGCACUUAUACGCUGGCAAGGAGCUGUACACGUCAGCAUUCCCUUCCAUCUUUCUCCGUCAAUAUACAGAAUGAAAGGCGAUCCAGGGGCAAAAUCUCCGUAACAAAAGUUGUAUCUAUCACAGCCUACCAAAACACCAUUUCUCUCUUGCGAGAAAGGAGAGGCAUUAUCCUGGUGAAUGGUGCCAUUACCUACUUACCUUUCCGCCUUGAAAGCGAUAGUAUGUGGGUCUUCUAUCAUGGUGACAACAUUGUGCUUCGGACAGACUUUGGCUUGUUUGUCUCUUUUGACCAACUCUACCACCUGAUUGUCCAGGUGCCUGAGGCUUAUCAGAGCCAGAUGUGUGGUUUAUGUGGCAAUUACAAUGGGCAUCCCCUUGAUGACAUCUCUCUGCCCACUGGCCAGCCAGCCCUAAGCGUGCAAACCUUUUCGGCUGCAUGGAAAGUAGCUGCUCCUUCUGCCGCUUGUACCGAAGAUUGUGCCUCCAUUGUGUGUGGUGCAUGUCAAGAGAGUCGGAAGGCCAGCUACAUACACAGCACCCAGUGUGGCAUUUUGCAGUCCCCCUAUGGACCUUUCAGUGCUUGCUAUUCCACCAUCAACCCUACGGACUUCUACAACAAUUGUGUGCAUGACCUCUGCAAGGCAAGGGGGAACCCAGUUAUUCUCUGCCGAGCUAUCCAUAGCUAUGUUGCUGCUUGUCAAGCAGCUGGUGUCCAGAUCAAACCCUGGAGGACAGCAAACUUCUGUCCUAUGAAGUGCCCAGUCAACAGUCAGUAUGAACUCUGCACUCGGGCUUGUCCCAGCAGAUGCAAAGAGGCAACUGGCAUCACGAAGUGCCCCAACCACUGUGCUGAAGGCUGCCAGUGUAAAAAUGGCUUCUUUAUGGCAGGGUACCACUGUGCCCCCGUCAGUCAAUGUCGCUGCUUCCACAAAGGCAUGUGGCUUAAGCCUGGAACUCCAACGAUCACAGCCAAUUGCAUGGAGAGAUGUACUUGUGAACGUCAAGGUCAACUGGCAUGCACUCCAUUCCCAUGUGCAUCUGGAAAAACUUGUGUACUGAAUAAUAACAAAUGGGACUGUGUCGGGAAGGAGGGACACUGCACCAUUGCCCAUGAACACAUCUUCACCUCUUUUGAUGGAGUAUCUGGAAAGCUUCCAAGCGAGGGGUCCUUUGAGAUCACAGCCCUUGUCAAUGCUAAGUCAAAAUCUUGGUUCCGGGUGGUGGUGCAGGUGAAGAAAUGUCCCCAGUGUGCGACACCCAGUGUGGUCUCUGUCACUGUCUAUUUCCACAAGCUGAUUGUGCUGGUGAAUAAGGAUAGCUCAGUUUCGGUGAAUGGGCAUCCUGUUCAUCUCCCAGCUCAGCCUUCCAAGGAGGUAUCAAUAACCUUGAUCCAAGAUACGGUGAUAGUGGCACAUGAAACAGGUGUACAGGUUCUCUAUAGUACUGGUGGUGAGUUAACAGUGACAAUCAGUGCAACCCUGGCCAACAAAGUGUUCAGAUCCUGUGGGAACUUCAAUGGUAAUGGUGCAGAUGACCUGAGACUUCCCCAUGGUAAGAAGGCCCACACCAUUACUGAGGUCCUCAACUACUGGAGAGUCAGAACAGGAAUACAACAGGGUAUGUAA